AUGAAAAGAGGAGAACGAUCUCCUGAAUGGCUUCGUGGUUCACCUGCUGCAUUCUUGCAACAGGUUAUUAUUCGAGGAGCUGUAGAUCCAUGGGUUUCUCACAAUAUGACACCUGAGCAGGCUAUUCGAGGACCAUUAUCACGAGCUUUUCUUGCAAGAGAUGUCAUCCUCAAACAUGAAAUAGUCGAUGCUAUGUGCCUCCAAGUUAAUCGAGAAGAUGUCCGAUCAGGUUCCUCGUUCCCUCGGGGCUGUCUGCUACUUGAUCCAACAGCAUUUUGGCAGAAUUCCUUGGAUAUGUUUGUGAAAGAUGCUGAUGUUCUAACCACAAUUUUCUUACGGGAGUGUUCACCUGUGAUGUGCUUGCGAGAUGUCUUUCUGGGUAUACCUACCGUAUUCACAGGAAUCAAGCCCACCUACAGGAGCAACAGAAAACGGAGUAUCGACUUUUCACUCACUUUGUUUCUCGCUCAAUAUGAUCCUGGAAUGAGAAGUUCACUGUUGGAUAGUCUAACUUCUCGAGAGGAAUUUGAGCCCCUGCCACUCUAUGCGGAUGAGGAGAAUAAAUUCGGUCACGUAUUCUAUCGGAAUCGGAAGGCUUUUACAGACUAUCUUCCCCUACUCUCUUCUUACGCAAUUUUUACGGUAUUUUUAAAAUUCGAAAUGGUUGCGUCUCGUUGGAGUUUAGCUUUUGCUGCUGCUUUCGCUGUCGGUGCCACUCUUCUUAUGACCACCGGAGUUUGUGCUCAUUUGGAAUUGAGUCCAACCCUCUGGGGAGCCGAAAUAUUCCCGUAUAUAGCUCUGAUAUUAGGGCUCGAGAAUACGCUCUGCAUAACACGGGCUGUUGUGUACACGCCACCGACGUUGGAUGUAUCCUCGCGAAUUGCUCAUGGUUUGGCGCAAGAGGGUUACUCCUUAUGCAAGUACUUUGUCAUGGAACUUUCCUUUCUUGCGAUUGGCUAUGCUACUCGAAUUGCAGAGAUUCAAGAAUUCUGCAUGUUUGCAUUCAUCGGUCUCGUGAUCGAUUUCUAUAUGCAGAUGUUCUUCUAUGCUCCCUGUCUCACAUUCGAUCUUCAACGAUUGAGUGUAGAAGAGAAAACGAAGUUUGCUCUACAGCUAUUCAAUACCGAUAUCCCUCAUCUCAGCGACUUUGUUCCUUCAAAGAGGAGAAAAAAGAGAACAUUGUCUGAAUCCCAGCUUGAUGAAAGAGAAAUCCAGGAGGAUCUCGAUAGAAAAGGCGUCGCUGCCGUUCAAACUCCGCAGACUGGACUUAUGGAGGAGCUCAACCAUACCGAAACCCUGUUUCCAGCAAUCGACUCAGAAUUCUAUACUUUGUUUGUUAAGUUCAUUCAAUAUUGA